AUGAGUGCUUCGUCUGAAGAGGUCGAUGACACUUUGCCUUCCUCUUUAUUUUCUUCUUCGAUCCUACGGCCUUCGGUGUUGUCAGACAAAUUAAAAGCGGUUGGUGCUGAUAUGAAAACGUCAAAAUUCGAGUCUUCUGCGAAGCCAUCAAAAUCACUUGUAGAAGCUCCUAAUUUCGUAGCUACACGUUCUAUUCCCGCUUCUGCAGAACCCACCAACUCUCCCGGCUAUGUUUUUGGUCAAAAUAUGGGUUCCCGAGUUGUAAACGCAGAUCAAGGGGCUUCAGAAAACAUUUGGCAGGCUAUUAAAUCAGAUAGCUAUAGUAAAGAUCAAUAUUUAUUCCUAUCUUCACUUUACCGAUUUAGAAAUCAGGAGGACUCCAGUACUUCUGUGUUUACAACUCUUGCGAAGGCAGUGGCCAGCCAUUCAAAGCAGAAGGAGGGAGAGCUUCUAGAAGACUCCGCUGUGGCUUUGGCCAGAAAGCGCAACGCUGCUCAAAUUUCGCUACCAUCUAAUGUCAAUGGCGAUCAAUUCGAGAUUAUCACGGGCGAGGAGGGUGAACGAACGGCGCUUGAACUUACCUGCAACGCUUACGUCUUUGAUCGCGAAUCGAAGCAAUGGAAAGGAAUUGGACAGAGCUACCUUCACUUGAAUGACACUACUCUCACUGAUCGCAAAACUUCGCGUCUUAUUAUCCGUUUGCAGUCUACUCGACGUGUGGUUGUGAAUACCCGCAUCUGGUCGGAGAUGCCAGUAGCCUACGUGGGGGAGAACAAAGCGGUGCGAAUUGGAGCGCUAAUAGUCGCAGGACAGGGUCAGACAGAAACUGAGGGUGCCAUUCGCACCUACAUGCUACGCUUCACUACCGCCGAUUCCGCACGCUUUCUCUUUGAGGCACUGCAGGAGCGUCGGCUUUCCGCAGAGAAGUUGGAGACCUUUGUUAAACGACCUCGCCUAGAGGAAUCGCUGUCACCCAUGGUUGAAGAAAAUAGCGUUGCGAAGAUAUCUAACCCUUCGCACAGUAUGUCUCUCCUUCUCCUAAAUCUUCGCAUUGUAAGCGUAUUUUGCUCUACAAUCACUAUCAUUACAUCUUCUACCGGGCCAACUUAUUUCAUUGUCGAAAUGUAUAUGUCAACUCUUCUCAUUAGUUCUGAUUCUAUCCAAUUUCGACUUAUGCGAUAG